GUCGCCUAUAUAAUAUAGCCUACAUCAUAUCUGGCGGGGGUGGCCCUGCUCUCACCAUCCUCUUCCGGUCUUCAUUUCCUUCUCCGUUAAAAAAUUUCAUUUUCACCACCUUUCAACUGCUUCACCAACCUUUGAAUGGCGCUUUCUCCAUCCAACACGCUUCUUCCUUUUAGAAAACCUGAUAUUUUCCGGUCCGACAAGUGCCUCCCUCUGCAACUUAGGCGAUCAAACUCUGUAGAUUUCGCUGCUAAAAUAUCUGCCCUGCCUCGAGCCUUGUCCAAAACAGGCCAGUCGUUGUCCUCCAUUAUUACAGAGCUCGAAAUAGAACAAGAGCUCGAUGAUUACACAACUGGUAUCAAACAGCAAGAGAGAAAAUUAGCCGAUGUGUGGAGAGAAAUCCAUGGCCAAGAUGAUUGGGUUGGCUUGCUCGAUCCGAUGGAUCCUUUUCUACGGUCCGAACUAAUCCGAUACGGCGAGAUGGCUCAAGCUUGCUACGACGCUUUUGAUUACGACCCAUAUUCCAAGUACUGUGGUAGCUGUAGAUUCAUGCGCCGUAAAUUUUUCGAGUCUCUAGGAAUGAUUCACCAUGGUUAUGAAGUCACUAGAUAUCUCUACGCCACAACAAAUAUAAACCUCCCAAAUUUCUUCAAGCAAUCGCGGUGGCCAAAGGUGUGGAGCAGCAAAGCAAACUGGAUCGGAUACGUCGCGGUUUCCAAUGAUGAAACAUCAAAGCGUUUAGGCCGCCGUGACAUCACUAUUGCGUGGAGGGGGACGGUGACGCGGCUGGAGUGGAUUGCAGAUUUAAUGGACUUUCUGAAGCCCAUCAACGGAAACAAAAUCCCAUGCCCAGAUCCAACCGUAAAGGUCGAAUCCGGGUUCCUCGAUCUCUACACGGACAAAGACGAAAACUGCCGGUUCUGCAAGUUCUCAGCUAGAGAACAAAUAUUGACGGAGGUAAAACGAUUAACAGAAAUGUACAUUAACGAGGAAGUAAGCAUCACCAUAACCGGACAUAGUCUAGGUAGCGCUCUAGCCAUAUUAAGUGCGUACGAUAUUGUCGAAACGGGGUUACACGUGAUGCAAGAUUGUCGAGCACUGCCGGUGAGCGUGUUCUCGUUUUCGGGUCCUCGAGUGGGGAACACGAGAUUCAAGGAGCGGAUGGAGUCGCUGGGCGCGAAAGUGUUGAGGGUGGUGAAUGCGCAUGAUGUGGUGCCUAAGUCGCCAGGGUUUUUGUUCAAUGAACAAGUGCCGUCUGUGUUAAUGAAGUUAGCCGGAGGAUUGCCUUGGUGUUACUCGCAUGUUGGGGUGGAGCUGCUGCUAGAUCACAAUAAUUCUCCCUUCUUGAAAGAAACCGGUGACCCUGUUUGUGCCCAUAACUUGGAGGCUAUCUUGCAUUUGCUUGACGGAUACCAUGGAAAAGGGCAUAGAUUUGUGCUGGCAAGUGGAAGAGACCCAGCAUUGGUGAACAAAGCAUCAGACUUCUUGAAAGAUCAUUACUUGGUGCCGCCAUUCUGGAGGCAAGACGAGAACAAAGGCAUGAUAAGGAAUAACGAUGGCCGCUGGGUGCAACCUGAACGCCCUAAACUUGAUGAUCAUCCUUCUGACAUGCACCACCAUCUCCAUAAGUUAGGCCUUAACUCUCUCCCUCAUAACCCACUUUUGGGCUAAUUGUUUUUUGAUAGUUGUAGAAAGACGAGUUGUAGAUAUGAAUAUGUAUGUUGUUUUUGUUUUUUGUGUGUGAAGAUGGAUCUUUGAUACGAAGACGACAAAUUCUAGAUAGAAAAUUUUAUUUUUUUCAUGUGUA